AUGCUGAAGUCAUCGAUAGUAGAUACCAGGGUGCGCCUGAUACCCUCGCAGAAGUUGCUGAAAUUUCUGGACAAACACAAGGAGCAUUUUCAUGAUGUUCCCGAAAACGUGGCCAAUAUUAUGAAACAGAAGGGGUACUCUUUGCCCCUCGGCACAAAGAUAACCAAGGACCAUAAAACUGUCUUGAAGCGUCCAAAGAUCGAUUACGAACUGCUGGGAUUACUCACAGCCGACGUAGAUGACAGCGUAGAGACGCCUGUAGAAUCCAAUUUGCCAGGGGAUGAGGACGGUGAAAAGCCGCCUGCACAGCACAAGUCUGUUUUGUAUUUGGAAGACAUUCACUGGCUCAACGAUACCCUGGAUGAACUUCGCAAGACCGAAGUGUGUGAAGUGUUCUUGCACGAACUAAUCGAGACCUGCGACCUAAUUUUGCCCGAAAACGAAUUCAAGCCACGUAAUCCGGAUCUGGAGGCGCGUUGUCAAAGACUGCGCGAGGAGCAGCAUAACAGAGAGUACCAGAAGAUGACCAAGAACGUGGACGCUGGCCUGAAGAACUACCCGGAAGACACCAUCGCCUAUCAGAUCAAGAGCCUUAACAAACAAAUCAUUGCCGUAGUGCAGUUCAUCUUCUCGGUGGCCGCCGGGUUUACAUUCGGCUUCUUUGGAGUGAAUCUGAUGGUGGGCCCUCUGCCCUUCGGCUUCCGUAUACUCCUGGGCGUGAUUGUGGCACUAAUCAUAGCUCUGGCCGAGAUGUACUUUUUGGCAAAGAAGCUGCACGAAUACGAUGAGGUAUUGGAUGCGCCCAAGCGCAAACAGCCGCAGCCAGCCACACCACCAAAGCGUCCGGUUCAGGCCAAGGCAAGCGGUGUCCAGACCCUAAAGCCCCAUGCAGAUUAGAAUGUCACUUACUAAAUUUCUUUAUACAAAAAGACACACAUUUUGGAUUAUUUCGCGUUGCAAUUUAGGUUAUAUAAAUAUGUAGCUGUAAAA